GUUAAACCGAUCACAUUGGCGCGCACCGGAAGCAUCGUAAGGCGUGGGUCGGCAUUGUUCAAGACGUCUAGGAGCCACGCGGUGAGUUGAACUAGAAAGACUAGUUGCGAUAUAUACAAACACCAAUAACUAUGGGAGACCGUGAAAACGAACAAUUCAGGAAGCUUUUUAUUGGUGGUCUGAGCUAUGAUACCACCGAAGACAGCCUAAAGAGUCAUUUUGAACAAUGGGGAGAAGUAAUCGACUGCGUGGUCAUGAAAGACGCGAACACCAAACGUUCAAGAGGUUUUGGAUUCAUCACAUAUAAGAAUCCCGAUCAGCUGAAUGAUGCACAAAAGAAUCGUCCCCAUAAACUUGAUGGCAGGCAAGUAGAAUCAAAGCGUGCUAUGCCAAGAAAUAAAGAUGGUGGCGAAGGAGAAUCAUCACAAUCGUGCAAGAAAAUGUUUGUUGGUGGGCUUUCCGAGGAUGCUACCGAAGAUCAGAUCCGUGCAGUAUUCGGUGAUUACGGAGAUAUUGAGAAAGUAGACUUGAUCAAAGACAAAAACACCGGCAAAAACAAAAGGUUUUGCUUUGUGACAUUCUAUGACUACGACCCUGUUGAUCAAUGCGUGUUACAAAAGAGGCAUGAUGUAAAUGGUAAAACAGUGGAAGUAAAGAAGGCUGUGCCUAAGGAUCAAGAAGGUGGAAUGGGAGGACGUGGUGGUGGUCGAGGUGGUAUGGGAGGACGCGGUGGUAGUCGAGGUGGAAUGGGAGGGGGAAGAGGAGGAGGUCGAAGUGACUGGGACCAAGGUGGUGGCUACAACCAGCAGGGGGGAUACAAUGACUAUAAUCAAGGCGGUGGUUAUAACCAAGGAGGUGGCGGUGGUGAUUGGAACCAAGGAAGUACCGGGGGUUACGAAAACUACAACAGUGGUUACAACAAUCAAACUCAGAACACCGGUGGAACCUGGGGUGGCAACCAGCAGCAGAGCUUUGGACAAAACUAUGGUGAUAGUUAUGGGGGUGGAGCAAUGCGAGGUGGUGGUGGAGGUGGUGGCUACAAUCAGCAGCGAACAACUCCCUACAACCAGGGUCAAGGGAAUUACAACCGAGGAGGAGGUGGUGGCGGAAAUGGUGGGGGAUACAACAGGCGCUAAGAGUUACAACCGACUUGUCCACUCAUCACAGACUUUAAUAACAUGAGAUCAAUUUGAAUCAUAUACAUACAGAGAGAAAUGAAAACCUUUAUAUUGAGAUUUGUAUCAAUUUCAACAAAAUUUGUUUCUGUUGAGGUGUUUACAAUUCGUUAAUAUGACUGGGUGAGAAGUUAUCAAGGGAGCGAAAUGUUGUGUGGUACUUUUAUGUGACAAUACAUUUUUCAUCGUGACAAUUUCAGGCAUGCUUUAUUAUUAUAAUAGUGUAAAUAUUUGUGUUCAACUUGUGACUCAGACUUGUACAUUGUCAUUCCGUUGUCAUUUUAGUAUCUUGCUGGUCAUGAGCAGCCAUUUUCACUUCAGGUAUUGUGCAUCUACUACACAAAAGGUUAUUCUGUAAUACUUGUACUCAGUACUGAAUGCUAAUUAUCAUUCAAUCCUUGGUGUUGUAAUCAAUAUCUAGGUCGUAAUAUAACAUCAAAUUCAAGUGUUUUUGAAUUUCAUGUUUGGUUGGGACAUGAUUGAUGCAUCAUUGUCCAUUUCAUCAGUAAAUAUUAGUCGUCCCACGAUGACUUUUUUAUUCAUUGUUGUAAUAUCAUUCAUCUUCAUAUUUUUGUACUGUACAUUCAUUUUAGAUGUGAAGUUAUUGACAAGGAAAUUGUAACGAUCAUGUAUUGUGACUUCAAUUUUGGAAUUUAUCUCUGAGUCGCAAUUCACUGUUAAACUUUUUUUUUAUCCAGUGCAAAAAUGCAUAGCUUGGUUUAGAAACAGAUUUUAAACCAAUCUCUGCUCUUUUGAAAGUUUUUUUUAUAAAAUGUUGGCCAACUGAAAUGUAAUUCCUUUCUGUACACCAUUGAUAUUGUAAGCUUUACUUUUCAAGAGGCCUUUUCUUAAAUUUGUUAGGGUUGUUGAUCAAAUUGAGUUUUUAAAUUUGAUGAAAAAUAUUGGCAAUCUUGGGAAUACUGAAAACAUUCUAUAUUUUUCAAUCAUUAUUAUUAACCAUAUUGUGCAUUCUUUGAAUAAAUUAACCUUGUCAUUGGA